CAGCAGUCACACUUCCCCUUUAAACACAUCUUGGCUGUAUAAAAGCGGCAGGACGGAUGUGUGAGGCCACAGUGGACUCCUAACUGGACGUCGGCGGACCAGCCAGCAUCAAGGAGAGAAGACUACAGUUUGUUACAGUCUGCAUAAAUGGAGACCAUGAAGAGCGCCAGGAAGAAUGAUGCAGGAGAAGUUGGCAGUGAUUUAUCAGAGCAGAUUAAAGCAGCCACAAAGGACAAUCACGUCAGAGCUGAAAACACAAAGCUGAUGCUGAGUUACCAGAAGGGACAGAUCACCCUGCAGCAGUAUAAGGUCCUGCUGUGUUCCCUCUAUGAGAUCUACAAAGCCCUAGAAGAAGAACUGGACAGAAAUUCCUUCCAUCCAGCUGUUGCACCGAUUUACUUCCCUCAAGAGCUUGCCCGUCUGGAGUCUCUCGAGGGAGAUCUGGAGCAUUUCUUUGGCUCGGACUGGAGGAAGAGGGUGGUUGUUCCCGCAGCGACACACAGAUAUGAACAGAGACUGCGAAAGAUUGGCAAAGAGAGCCCAGAGCUGCUGGUGGCCCACGCCUACACUCGUUAUCUCGGUGAUCUGUCUGGAGGUCAAGUGCUGGGGAAAAUUACCCAGAAAUCUCUCGGGCUGAACGGCAAAGAAGGACUUUCGUUCUUUUCCUUCCCCGGUGUGACCAGCCCGAACCGCUUCAAGCAGCUGUACAGGAGCAGGAUGAACAGCAUCGAGCUGACGGAGGAACAGAAGGCGGCUGUGCUGGAGGAGGCCGUCAACGCCUUCGAGUUCAACAUCCAGGUUUUUGAUGACUUGCAGAAAAUGCUGAGUGUCACAACAGAAACGGACCAAUCAGAAGGCAGCCUUGUCAAAACUUCCAUGUUCCCAUCGUCACCCAUCAUGCAGUUCACCGUGGGAUUGUGUGUCGCACUGACCACCAUUGGAAUGGGAUUAUACGCCUUGUAGGCUUUAACAAGCACUUAGAAUUGAUUUGCACUUACAGCACUUUACUGAUCACCUAAUGCAAAGAAUGAAAUCAAUAGUGAAAUCUGUGUCUCACCUUCAAACUAUAAGAUCACAGUUGAAACAGUGAUUCUCUCACAUUGUUGUCAUUUGUAAGAACUUGAUUAAAAAAAAAAAAGCUCUG